AAAGAUGGUGUCGAUGGUGGAGCGAGCGGUGUGGUGGUGAGGAGGAGGAGGAGGACAGUCUCCCCGCGGACCGAGGCACCGACCGACCGACUGACCGACCGACAUGGGCAACGAGAACAGCCUGGAGAGCGGGGAGCCGGGCUCGGCUCCUGUGUCGGCGCCGGGGGGGCUCGGCCCCGCACACCCUCAGCCGCCGGCAGGUCAGCCUCUCAAAGCCGUGGCCCCCAACGGAGCGGCCGGAGCGGGUGGAAGAGCAACAGCAGCGGGAGCAGCGAGCAGUGCAAGACUGCAUCAGAGCGAUCAUUUGAUAGGACAAAAGGCAGCAUCUCAUGUGGGCCAACCUGGUGCAAAGAAUGUGGCCCUCCAACAGACUGCUCCCAGUAACGAAAGUGCAAGACGAAUACAGAACCAAGGUAGCUCCGCACAGCAGAACUUGCCAUCUCUGCAGCAACAGGGACAGAGAACUCUUCAAGUGGACACGAAUACAGGAAGAACAGGGAGAUCCCCUUCCGUAUCCCCAGACAGAAUCAGCGCUCCAACAUCCCCUUAUUCAGUACCACAGAUAGCUCCGCUGCCCAGCAGUACUUUAUGUCCGAUUUGUGCAACCACAGAACUCAACCGUUCUCCAAAGCAGCCAAAUUUCAACACUUGUACUCAGUGUCAAUCAGUCGUGUGCAAACAGUGUGGAUUUAACCCUAACCCUCACAUCACAGAGGUAGAAGAAUGGUUGUGCUUAAACUGUCAGAUGCAGAGAGCCCUGGGAAUGGACAUGACAACUGCAACACGAUCCAAAAGCCAGCAGCAGCUACACUCACCAUCACCAUCACGUUUGCCCCACUCAACGUCACUUCAGCCCCAGUCACUAAGAUCUCAGACCCACUCACCAUCACCUCAGCCCCACUCACCAUCACCUCAGCCCCACUCACCAUCACCUCACCCCCACUCACUAUCAUCUCAGCCCCACUCACUAUCAUCUCAGCCCCACUCACUAUCAUCUCAGCCCCACUCACCAUCACCUCAGCCCCACUCACCAUUACCUCAGCCCCACUCACCAUUACCUCAGCCCCACUCACCAUUACCUCAGCCCCACUCACCAUCACCUCAGCCCCACUCACCAUCACUUCACCGCCACCCAUCACCUCACCCCCACUUACUAUCAUCUCAGCCCCACUCACCAUCACCUCAGCCCCACUCGCCAUCACCUCAGCCCCACUCGCCAUCACCUCAGCCCCACUCGCCAUCACCUCAGCCCCAUUCGCCAUCACCUCAGCCCCACACACUACCAUCUCAGCCUCACUCACCAUCACGUCAGCCCCAAUCAGAAUCCCAAGUCAAACCACGGACACAGCCUCCAGCAGACCGUGUGCCCCCACAAAGCAGAACCACGCCAGUAAAAAGGGAGCUUCCUAAAGUGCCAUCUGGUGCACAGCAAGCUAAACCUGAGACCAAGAUGCAGCCCAGUCUGCAGCAGCAACCGAGGCCAACCACUAACCAGACCCAACCAAAGCCUAGUGCCCAGGCAGAGACAACUAGGCCUUUGGGUCAGAGCCAGCAAACCAGGCCUUCUCCUGUAGAACAAAGGAGAUCAGUAGAGAGUUCACCUGCAAGAACUCAAGUAGGAUCCUCCAGUGCAUCUCAAGAGCAGCAGUCGCAGGAUGGCAUUACUGGCAAACUCUUUGGGUUUGGAACUUCCCUUUUCAGCCAGGCCAGCAGCCUUAUUUCCACUCAGCCAGAACAAACACCACAAAAUCAACAAUCGCCUGCUAAAGGGACUUCAGUUAAACAGGCUCCAAAGGUUGUUUUCAGUGACCAAAGCACAGGUUUGGGCUCAAAAGUGCCAGGUCAGCCUGCUGGAGCACACUUUGAAACCAGUGGUGCCCGCACCUCUAAACAAGGGAAACCCGAACCAGUCAUUCAGCAGAAGGAUCCCCCCAAACCCAAGGUCUUGUGCCCUCUUUGCAAAACUGAACUGAAUGUGGGAUCAAGCCAGCCUCCCAACUUUAACAACUGCACUGAAUGCAAAACCCAAGUGUGCAAUCUGUGUGGAUUCAACCCAGCUCCACAUCUGGUAGAGAAAAAAGAAUGGCUUUGUUUGAAUUGUCAAACCCAGCGACUGCUAUCUGGCAGUUUAGGAGAUGCACCGAUUCCUGUCCCAUCAUUGGCAUCGAAACAGCAGCCAACAAUGUCACCCCAUCACCAACCGAUGGGGACCAGUCAACAGCAAAGGAAAGACAUGGGUCAGCAACAGCAACAGCAAGGCAGCCCCAGCAUCCAGCAGAAAAGGGCCACUUCAGCAUCAGGUCAACAACUGGCCCACCAGAAGGAUCAACCCAUUCCCCAAAGCAGGCAGUCCACACCAACCAAACAUCAAGGUCCUUCUGCUGAGGAUAAGUCACGUCUUCAGCAAGUACAGACGGUUCCUGAACGAAUUGAGACCAAACUGUUGACCCAGGCUGCGUCCCCAAACAGGGCACCGUCAGAAAGGGAGAAGCCGAAACCUCUACUCCAGAGCGUCACUGGGCCCGUAACGUCCAAAGGCGUCAGCACAGACAAAAAGGUGGAUUCCUCCCCCAAAGAGAUCUCUCAGUUAUCCGAUCUGCAGAAAACAAAAGUGCUGGAGGAAUUGAACAAACCCUAUCCCCAGGAUUCAUCCCGUAGUCCACAGAGUUUAAGUGACACAGGCUACUCAUCCGACGGCAUAUCUAGCUCACAGAGUGAGAUCACAACUUUACUGCAUCAAGAGGGGCAGAAGCUCAAUGAGUCCGGCUUGCAGGCACACAGUCCCCCGAGCAUCUCAGAACUUACCAAGCUGGAAAGUACUGUACGGCCACUGCUUGAAUCCCAAACUCGUCAAGGUCAGGCUAAGGGAGGACGGUCUUUUGAGGAUCAAAGUGAAGAACAGCGACAUCGCCCACGCUCGCUUUCGAUCACACCAGAGUCUUACAGUUCAGACGAAGAGCUUGAAGAUAUACAGGAGGAGGAUGAAGAUUCUUUUGAUUGGGAAAAUCGAAGAGAGAGCCUGGAAUCACUGGACGAAUUUGGUAGAAAAUUGCAACAUGAGUAUGUUGAAGAGGGCAGGAAGAGUGCAAUAACUGCUCUUCAGAGUAAGGAGCCAAAAGUAGAGCAAGAACUAACCGAUGAAGAGUUUAUGCGAAGGCAAAUCUUGGAAAUGAGUGCCGAUGAGGAUAAUGCUUCUUUGGAAGAUGAGGACUUUCACAGUCAAACUAAACGCCUCACAAAGAAGAGUCAGAAACACGACUCGUCCAGUAAACAAAGUCCUUCCAAACGACAACUGCCUCAGAUCCCAAGCAGCAAUUAUGAAGGUGCUACAACAACAGAAAGUUACGCACAAGAAGAAAGCCAGUCGUGGCACGAUGAUAGCUAUGGCGAAUCCAAAAGUGGCGUAGAAGUCGACACGAUGGGGGGAACAGCUGGGUUACGGCGUUUCAAAACCAUAGAUUUGAACAACACAAAUACUUACACGAGUAGAGAUGAGGAACUCAGCAACGAACCGGAUCUUAGUCUUGAUCGUGAACCUGAACUUGAGAUGGAGAGUUUGACUGGAUCACCAGACGAAAGAUCAAAGGGUGAAUACUCGUCGACGUUGCCAGCUUCCACGACAAGUUUUUCAUCGGGUGCCUCGCCUACUUCUGUCUCGUCGUUGGAAGAAGACAGCGAUAGCAGUCCAAGCCGCAGGCAUAGACUGGAAGAGGUUAAGCAACAGAGGAAAGCUCGGCAUCGUUCACACGGCCCUCUGUUGCCGACUAUCGAAGAUUCGUCUGAGGAAGAAGAGCUGCGGGAGGAAGAAGAACUGCUUCGAGAGCAGGAAAAGAUGCGAGAGGUUGAGCAGCAGCGCAUUCGAAGCACAGCUCGAAAAGCGAAGAGAGACAAAGAGGAGUUAAGGGCACAGAGGAGGCGUGAAAGGUCCAAGACACCUCCAAGUAACCUUUCCCCCAUUGAGGACGCUUCUCCCACCGAGGAACUCCGACAGGCUGCAGAAAUGGAAGAACUGCAUCGAUCUUCCUGCUCGGAGUACUCACCCACCAUGGACUCCGAAGCUGAAGGUUUCGAGAUAGCAACCUGCAGAUUGUACAAAUCGGGCAGCGAGUACAACCUCCCGUCGUUCAUGUCCUUAUACUCGCCGACCGAAAAAUCAACCAGCGCCACAACAAAUUCUUCAGGGAAUCAAAAGCCAUUGAAAAGUGCAGAGGAGGCGUAUGAGGAGAUGAUGAGGAAAGCUGAGAUGCUUAAGACGCAGAAACCGCAGUCCGCACAGAGCAUCAUUCCCCUCAGCGCUGCUUAUAAGCCGGAUGAUGGCAUUGAGAGUCAUUACAAAUACCAAACAACAGCAGACGAGUACAGCUACUCGAGUAAUGACAUAGAAUUAUCACAGACGAACGUACCGAGUGAGUUCCAGGAAUCGGAAGCGUACCAGCAGAACAAUCUGAUGACUUCCGUGCAACCCCCUAAAAUGUCCUAUUCGCCUUCCCUUGACCUCCGACUGCAGCAACAGAACAUCCAAUUGCAAACUCUUGAGCGAUCCUUUCAGGUGAAGAAGCUUCUGGAUGCGGAGAGUGCUUACUCUGACCCGGCAAAGCAAACCGACGCCCUUCUGACCCCUGGAACAAGCCCCACACAGUUGUCUGCCCCCGUUUCAUUCGUUUCAUCCAACGCUGACCCAAACAGGCUGCCUAGUAGAAGCAUCCCUGAUGUCAGGGUUACCCAGUACUUCACCAGAGAUGAGCACGAUCAAAUUCGGACUUCACCCUCUACAGCAGGAAAUGUUAACACGUCAGGUGUUGCUGAAAUCUCUUACGCUAACUACAACAAAAGGUCAAGUGUGGCUACAACUGCUGUCGUCGUCAGUCAGUCCAGUACACCAAGCUUCUCUACCACGUCAGAGAGUUUUGCUCAGCCAACGUCCUUCAAUAAAACAGUUACUUCUGCGACGUCUACCUCUGUAGAUAGAAGUACGGGAUACAUUCCCACAAAACCAUCAGAUCCUGCAAUGACAGUCGGAAAAGGACAGUACAGUUCUCAGUAUGAUGAUGUUUCCAAAAAUAGGAGAUUCAGUGUCGAUGCAUAUUCUUCGACUCCCGAUGUUCCACACGCCUCUACGCAACCCGGGGCAUUUUACAAAGGUUCCAGCCCAGAAGGUCCUCAUUCCCCAGUUUCUUCACCGUAUCACAGCACUGCUCAUUCAGAGAUUGGAACGCAGAGGUCGGUAUCCCAAACCAGUGCAGCAGCGGGUAGUAUGCCGAGUAAUAGAUCGACUGCAGAAUUUUCAACACAGACUUCCACCCCCAGAGAUCUCUCGCCGACCAGGGUAACGAUGGCUUCCUCGCCGUCCUCAAUCACGGCUCAAGGUACUCAAACAUCGGUGAGGUCAGCCCGCCUGACUCGCCAGAUAUCAUCUCCAGAAUCUGCGUUCAUGGUGAUUACUUUGGCAUCGGAUGUCGCAACCUCGACUCAGCCUUUGACUGUCAGUUCUUCCACAUCACCAAUCUCCUCGCCAACUCGGUUGAAUCGACAACAGACGCUGCACGGUUGGGCUCAAACAGUCGUUACUUCAUCACAGCAACAAAUGCAGCAGCAACUGGUGUAUACUGUGACUUCAAUGCAGAUUGAUAGGGCGUCGAUGACCAAUUCUAUGAUUCAACCGGCAACUAGAGUUCAGAUUGCUGCAACGGUCGUCACAACUACCACUGUGGUUAGUCGAGGAGCUCUUCCUGUUGAAAGCAGAAUGUCAUUAUCUUACCAGAACUCAAUUGUAAGCUCAGCUCAAGGCCCAAAGGCAGGUAGUUCUGUUGUAGAUCUUCGAACAGCCUCUAAACCAACUCCUGUCAUCAUAACGGAUCACGGCAUGGAUUUAACAUCCCUGGCUUCAGAGAGUAGAAGGUACUCGCUUGAUGCAGAUCAGAUUCCGAGUCGUCAAAUGAGCGCAGUGCAGCCGUUAAUCAUGAAUCUGAACGUGCAGGAACACCCCAAUGUUGUCGUCCCCACGCCUGUGGGUAUAACAACAGCAUCAACCAUAGCAAAGGUACCAAUGAUCUACGGAGACCCAUUCCAGAGUCGUGUGGACUUUGGACAUGGGACAGGACCGGCAAUCUGUCUCACACAAACCAAACCUGAAUCUGCACCUCAACCACCAACUAUAACCGAGAGUGGAACCAACACUGAUAUUGCUGCAUUCAUAUCCAAACCAGAUUUAAGUUGUCACACACAGCCUUGCUUUGCUCGGUUUAACCUAGCUAAUCAAACACCUCCCGUGCGUAAGGUAGACAUUAUGGUGGGUCAGAGUAACCUCAGUAAUGCUAUUGUUGUCAAUACCUUUCCUCAGUCAGUACCCCAAGACAGCAGCCUUGUUGCCUCGCAAGUACACGGCGAUUUAUCAGUAGAAUCCAAGCCGUCCGUGCCUCCUCCAAUUCUGACUGGAGUGAAAGCACAUCACACGAUGGUGCAGCUGGACAAUGUAACCGCAGGCACAGUCACAAAGCUGGUGAAACAAGAUCUUCCUCCUUCAAAUGCCUUGGAUUUGACUGGAGCAAAAUCAGAAAGGGCUGCUUGUUGUGAUGUUGUGUAUAAGUUUCCUUUUGCUGGCAGUUGCACAGGGUCAUAUAAUCCAGGUUCUCAGGUCCCUGAUAAAACAAUGACUGAGCUACAGCAGAUUGAAAGGAAUAAUGCUCAGGAGUACUAUGACAACAAAGCACAUGAACCUAUUGACAGUUACCAGUAUAAAGAACCUAUGGCCAGUUACAGGGAAGGUCAAAGUUUGUAUGAUGAACGCAAAGCCUUCUCUCACGUAUUUUCUGGACGACUGCAUUCAUCUCUGUCGGACACUAACCUAGUAGAAGCUGGUAUGAAUUAUAAUCUCAUGAAGAACGAUCCUUUCUAUCAUCCUCCUGGAGGAGACAUGGCUGUAGACUUGUCUACAAUGAAGCAUUCCUACAGCUUGUCCUUUGGCGAGGGAAGGGACUGGGGACUCGGAAUGCAGUAUGGAUCCUUCACUGAUCUCAGACAAGCAUCAGAUGUCAUGAGCCAACCCACACCAAUAAGGAGGUACAGUUCAAUGUCCAAUAUCCACUCCGAUUAUAGAUAUUCAAUGAGAGAUGAUCUAUCGAGCUUCCAGGAGGCUAGUUUGGCCCAUUACAGUGCGACCACAGCUCGGGAGAUUAGCAGAAUGUGUGCAGCUCUGAAUUCCAUGGAUCAUUACGGGAACCGGUACACAAACCGUUCGGACGCAUUGCCGUACGGCUCGGCUGGACCCAAUCCGCACUGCGGCGGACUUUCAGGUAACCACACGACGUCAAACCAGCAAGGCUUGGCUUCGGUGAAACCCGACCUAAUGUUUAAUCCGAACUUCCCCGACCCCCGACGUCGCUUGGCGGCUCAGGGUCUUGGCACCGUGCCGCACGUGGUGCGCGUGGGAGCCAUUCGCCGCAUAUAUCCUCAAGCCACUCCCGUAAGAGCCCCAGACGGCAUGAUUUACUCCACUAUCAGUACUCCCAUAGCUUCCACUCUCCCGAUCACCACCCAGCCGGCUUCCAUCUUACGUCCUAUGCUGAGGGGUGUCUACAGACCCUACAUGCCGGGUAACGUCACUCCCGUGCCACUGUCGAGCUUGACCAGAGUUCCUCUCGUUACCCCGAGAAUGCCGGUUACAGGUCAAGGUCUCUACCGAUUCCCCCCUACCGGCCAGUUCACCACCCCGACCUCCGUAGGGGAGUCUCCCGUGUAUCUAGGAAAGCCUGCAAUAAGCAUUCCUGGUACAGCUGGCCUGAGUAACGCCGGCACUGGAGGGAUCAAUGCAAUCCCGGCGGUGCAGAGGCAAGAACAAAGUGGGGUUCUGCAUCAAAACGCCAUGGCUCAGAAAUACGCCGCAGAGGGCGGUCAGGCGAAGGCGCAGCAGCAUGUCGGCAUCCUGCAGCAGCAUCAACAACAACUGCAGCAGCAGCAACAUCAUCACCAACAACUGCAGCAGCAACAACAACAACAACUGCAGCAGCAACAACAACAUCAACAGCAACUGCAGCAGCAACAACAACAUCAACAGCAACUGCAGCAACAACAUCAACAACAACUGCAGCAGCAACAACAACAUCAACAGCAGCAACUGCAGCAGCAUCUGCAGCCGCCACAGAUUCCGCAGCAGCCCCAGCAGCAGCAGCAGCAGCCGCAGCAACCACCACAGAUGCAGCAACAGCAACCACCACACGUGCAAAAUCCGCAGCCGCCGCAAAUGCAGCAGCAGCAGCAACCAUCGCAAUUGCAGCACCCACAGCCACCGCAAUUGCAGCAGCAGCAACCACCACAAAUGCAGCAGCCACAGCAAUUGCAACAGCAGCCGCCACACAUGCAGCAGCCACAGCAAUUGCAACAACAGCAGCAGCAGCAGCAGCAGCAACCCCCACAAAUGCAGCAACAACCACCGCAAUUGCAGCAACAACCAUCGCAACUGCAGCAGCAGCAGCAGCUACAAUACCAGCAACAACUGCAGCAGCAACUGCAGCAACUGCAACAGCAGCAACAGCAACUCCAGCAGCAGCAACAGUUGCAGCAACAGCAGCAGCAAGAAGCCCAAGCCGGUGGGUUCGAGAGGGCCGGCGCUGGUCGAAUCAGCGCGGCGGGCAGCAGCAAGCAAGAGGAGAAAGAGGAAGAGCGUCAGCAGAAGCAGCAGCACGAGCACAGCCUGCUCGUCGAGCGGGAGCGGGUGGAGCUCGAGAAACUGAGGCAUCAGCGGCUCCAGGAAGAGCUGGAGCGGCAGCGCUUGGAACUGCAGCGGCACCGGGAGAACGAGCAAAUCCUGGUGCAGCGUGAACUCCAGGAGCUGCAGACCAUCAAGCACCAGGUAAUGCACCAGCAGCAAGAGGAGAGGCAGGCCCAGCUCGCCCUGCAGCGAGAGCAGUUGGCGCAGCAGCGCCUGCAGCUGGAACAGAUUCAGCACCUCCAGCAGCAGCUGCACCAGCAGCUCGAGGAGCAGAAAGUCCGCAACAACGUAAUGGCGGCCUGCGACCCGCCGCCGCAAGGCAGAAUCACGCCGCAGACCAUGUCGGAAAUGGCCAUCGAAAUGCAGAGGACCAUGGCUCAAAACGGCCAGUACUGGCCCGUAAGCCAACCGCCGUACGCCGAAGCCCCCCCCGCCCCCCCGAGCGUUCAAGAGCAACCGGCGUUGCAUUUGUCCCCGCGGCACAGAGCCCCCGCCGCAGACUCGCCGCAGCGUCCACUCCCCGGCUCUGCCUCCGAGACGUCGCUCCGGAACGAGGAGCACCCGGAACUCAGGGGCAUCAGGAAGAGGAACUCGAUGCCCAGACUCCGCGACGCUUACGAGGAGGAGGAGGACGGUGCGAAGCGAGGCCAGUACGUGGUGAAGAAGAUCGCCGACAGCUGCGUGCAGACCGACGACGAGGACGGCGAAGAAUGCUACUACGUGGCCCGUCGCAGGAGAACCAAGCGAAGCGUGGACUGCAGCGUCCAAACCGACGACGAGGACAACGGGGAGUGGGAGCAGCCCGUCCGGAGGCGACGCUCCAGGUUCUCCAAGCAUUCGGAUUCCAGCACCGAGCACAAGCGCGAGCCGCUGAAGGCGACUUCCAGCAUUGCCAUCCAGACAACCAGCGAUUGCUCUGUACAGACAGAACCGUAUCAGCUGGGCUCAAUAUCUCCAGCCAUUCACAUCACGCCCGACCCAAGGGUGGAGAUUAUCAGGUACAUAUCAGCUCCUGAGAAGACCCAGAAGGGAGAGAGUCUCGCUUGCCAGACCGAGCCCGAAAUGCAAUCGCAAGGAAUUGUUGUCCCUCAGCUUUCUGUUCCGACUCCUGUUAAUCCUUACUCGACUAACAUACAGAUAGUGACGUCUGGUCCCCUGGAUCAAGCCACCGCCAGACAGCAGGGAAUUAUGGUUGUCCCCAAGUUUGAGAAAAAGAAACCGGAUCCUUUGGAAAUCGGCUAUCAGUCUCACCUUCCACCCGAGCCCCUGCCUCAAAUGACCCGUCAGCCUCCGAAAUCGCCGCAGGUCCUGUACUCUCCUGUCUCGCCCCUCUCCCCACACCGGCUCCUGGAGUCGUCUUUCACCUCCUACGAGAAGCUGAACAAGGCCCACGUGACUCCGCAGAAACACUUCACCACAGAGUCACCCAAACGACAGCAGACUCUGCCGCGGCCCAUCAAGGUGAUGCAACGCUCCAUGUCCGACCCCAAGCCCAUCAGCCCAACCUCGGAGGACGCCGGGAAGCAGAGGUUCUUCAUUCAUCAGCAGCAAGGACAGCAUGGUAGUCAGAUUGGAAAUUUACAGCAGAAUAUUAUGAAGAAAGUGAAGAGAACUCUGCCUAGUCCACCACCUGACGAUAUCCAUGGUUCUUUACCCCCUCAUCCUCAAUUGUUCGGCACCUCCCUACCUCGCAAGCGAGGUGCUUUACCUGAUCAGUUGACCCGAGAUAAACUCCUCAAGGACAUUAGUCACGAACUCGAGAAGGUAGAGCAGGAAUCAAACAAACUGCAAAAGAAACAGGCAGAGCUUGACGAGGAGGAGAAAGAAAUUGAUGCGAAACUCCGUUACAUAGAGCGAGGAAUCAAUCGCAGAAAAGAAACUUUGGGAAAAGACCCAGAUAAACGAGAAGUGGGUUACGUACGGUACAUGGGAGAAGACAGGGACUACAUGUCAGAUAGCGAAGUUAAUAACAUCCGAAUGGCCCAAUAUGACAGCAACAAUCUUCUUGCCAGGCCACGUACCGCCCCGAUUAAUCAGUAUUGUGAAUAUUCAGCCCCACAGUAUCCCACCACAUCGUCAUACACCUCAUUCCAGUACCCUCCGUCCCAAACCACUCCUCAGGUCCCAACUAACUACCAACAUGGAGCAGGUUAUCAGUCAACUCACUACCAGGUUCCCAACACUUACCAGGCGCAGAACAACUUUCAGAUGCAUCCCAACUUUCAUCCCCAAAAUGCUUAUCAGCCGCACGGAUUCACCCAGAGUACAAACUACCAGACUGACAACAGUUUACAGAACCCAGCUGGAUUUCCACCUCCUAACCAGUACCAAGCACCUACCGCCUAUCCGAAUCAGACCAACUUUCCGAAUCAGACUAACUUUCCGAAUCAGCCCAACUUUCCGAAUCAGCCCAACUUUCCGAAUCAGGCCCCCUAUCAGCCUCUGUCUAACGCUCAGUACCAACAACCGGCAGAUGUUCUGAAGGUGCACCAGAAACCAAGACAGACAUCACUAGCAGACCUUGAACAAAAGAUUCCCACCAAUUACGAAGUGAUUGGUAACCCGGCUGUAAUCAUUUCUCCAACUCCAGCUGAGAUGACUUACACGACCACAGCGAGCAGUAACUAUGACCAAUACAAGAACACAGAGAUGAGAGUGACUGAGAGCGUGAGUACAGUGGAGAGCCCUUCGACUAGUUAUUCAUCCGAAUCUCUGUACACAAACUUGGAGCACAGUGUUGCCCGCAAUUAUGUUAUGAUCGAUGAUAUCAGUGAACUGACCAAAGAGAAUUCCUCUGCCACAGAAAGCCAGAAGGCAGAACAACCCACUCAGCCCAGUAAUGGAAGAUAUGCAAAGGACAAGAAUGACUUGACGGAAAGCGCUAACUCCAGUAGAGUUCACACAUAUAGCAAGGUUGAAGAUGAAUCCGAGGAAGAGAUGUAUGACCAGCAGGGAUCAGACUAUCGAGGGAAAAAUGGUUACCAAAGGAAUUCGGAUAGCCAUGGAAGAGCAGCGAGUAGCUCAAGUGGAUCCUCAUACUAUUAUGCAGACACCAAUCCCAAAUAUUCCUCUCGCACAGAGAAGCACACUUCUUCCCCUGUUAUGCAAAAGCACUCGUCCAAACAAAUGGCUCCUGCCGUUGUGUCCUCCAAGCGCAGCAAACACCGAAAGCAAAACGUUGAACAGAAAAUCUCCAAGUUCUCGCCGAUCGAGGAAGCCAGAGAUGUGGAGUCCGACCUCGCCUCUUACACUGUUACGACCUCCGUUUCGGGUAACAACGUCAUCCUAAGGGCAAAGAAGCUUCAGGAUGAGAUAACGUACGGUCUGAAGAAGAAUAUUUAUGACCAACAGAGAUAUUCUGGUCACGGUAGUAGAGGCAUGGUGGAAGAUUCUGAUAGAACGUACAAUAACGGGGGCAGAUCAAGAUCGUCCUCCAUGUACGGAAUGGAACGAUCGGGCAAGGAUCCAGCCAGUCCAAGAAGUAAAUCGUAUGAAAGAGACGCCACAGAUAGAUCCCAGAGGGGUUCUAAGCCAUCAGCCGGUCAAAGUCGUGGUCGUGCUCCAGUGAGGACCCAAGGAUCCGAAGAGGAAAGCCCGUUGAGCCCCAUGGGGAAGCCAGUGGGUGCGGCACGGGGAUCGGGAGGAGCCCUCCCAUCAAGUGCCAUAGACAGCAGAUCCCAGUACGGCUCGAGCCACUCACUGCCCGACGUCCAGGAUGCCAAAGAGGUAUCUCACAGCUACGCCUACGAAGAGGAGGACGAUUAUAUUGUGGAUGAUCUGCACUGCGCUGUAUCCGACAGCGAAGCCUAUCAUCUAGGCCAGGAGGAGACAGACUGGUUUGAGAAGCCAAAGGAAUCGAGGUCGGAGCGUUCCAGGCAUUACAGUAGCCAGUCUUCGUCGCGGAAAAGUAGUCACAGGACCCACCCGCGCCGUGACUACGAUGAGCCACCGGACGACUCUUGGCAGCCGGCUGACCGCUCGCAGUCCCGCUACUCCACCAGGGAGCAACAGAAGCAGUCCGCGUAUCAGUACGGAGAAGCCCCCAGGCAUCCCUCGCGGCACCAAGCCGAGGAGCCUUCACGCAAGUCGUCGAGGCAACACCCGAAAGACCAGUCCCGCCCGGAGUCCCGGCAGUAUUCCCAACAGCCUCCGCAGAGGAGAAGCCAACCCCCGGAGCAGAGAGCCAUCCGAGAGCCUUACCCGAGCUCCUCGGAGUGGACCCAGCCCCGGGCCGCGGCCAGCCAUUAUCAGGACACGGAGCAACAGCAGCGGUCACAGAGGCACGCUCAGCAGCAACCACCACAACAACAACAACAGCCACCAACGGCCAGAAAACACUCCGAACAUCCGUCUCCUCAGCAGCCAGCGAGGUCCCAGCAGGAACAGCGAGCGGCCCGGCCAAGUCAAGCACAACAGCAGCAGCAGCAGCAGCAACGGUACCCACCGUCCCAGCAACAGGCUCGGCAUCUGCCUCCAGAGCAGCCACCAGCCCAGCAGCCACCCCAGGCCCAGCAACAACCGCGGCAACCACAGCGGCAACAGCAACAACAGCCUCCGCAGCAAGGAGCCCGGCAACCAGCGUCUCAGCCCCAGGCACGCCAGCAACCGACCAAACCCACCACCGCCACGCAGGCAAAGCCAGGGCAGGUAACUGCUCAGUCACCAGCUGAAAAGACCGGACCGGCGAUCGCUCAGACACCCAUUCCAAAGCCAGACCAGACGGUUUCUCAGACACCCAUUGCAAAACCAGGCCAGACAGCUCCUCAAACCACCGCUGCAAAGCCUGGUCAGCCAACACCUGCUCCUCAGACACUCGCUGCUAAGCCAGGCCAACCAACUGCACGGACAACCGCGGCAGCAAAGCCUCCAGUAAAACAACCGGCCACCCCACAGCCGGCUGCCAAUCUAGCAGGUUCAAAGCCAGCAGCGGAAAAGGAGGGAGAGAUUGGGGCCUUUGUUUCCAAGAUGUUGCCCGGUGGAGCUGCUGAACAGGCUGGCAAACUGACUGAAGGCAUUGCUUCCUUUGGCCGUAAAUUAACUUCGUUUUGGUGAUCGUGCUGGAAGGAACGUUGGUACAGGAAUUGACGAGACGUGAGAUAUACUGAAAAAACCUAUGAAGAAUCAGAAAACAUUUUAACAAGAAGCAUGAGAGCAUGGGACUCUGUGUAUACUCGGAUUCUCUGGUUUAUCCCCAACAGAAAUCGUAAGGCAAAGUUUGUCGAUGUCUGUCUAUGCAAAGUAAGUAGGAAAAUGCAUCCGAUAGAGAAUGCUGUACGUUGACACAACGGCUGACGAGGCGAUCGUUUGAUCGGAGAUUUACACGGCAUUCCAGAACAUAUAACGCCUUCAGUUUGGUUCUCAGGAUACAUUUAACAAUCGGUAGAUGAAGAAAUUUGGAUGCCAAUCUUUCUCCCAAGUCUGAGUGCUACGCUGGUUUAAUGGAAUACUAAAAGUGAAAGCAUUGAGAACCUCCAGCUAUUGGCUAUCCUUCUGGACAACAUCAAAUUGGAAGGCGAACGGUUUGAGGAUAGCUUCUGCCUGAAGGUAAACAAUCAGAAUGAUUCGGUCUCCAAAAAAAGAUGUUUGCAACAUUUGGAAUUCCUUCUGCCUGGGUUUCUGUGCAAGACCCCAUGGACCCUGAAAGGGGAAGACUUGGAGUGAGUACAGAGUCCAAUUUCUCUCGUUCAAGUUUUCCAUCUUCAUAGGUUUUUUCUGUAUUCGCUGUCCAGGAUUUCCUGGGGUGAAGAACUGAACUACUUCUUUUAGGGCUGGGAGCUUAAAUGCUCCAUAUUUCCCAAGCAUUCCACCAUCUCGUGUUGAGUUUGCAGCUGAUAUUCUUUGGUUAUACGGGACGAACGCAACCCUGUGUGCAGAGCGCUGCAGGACCCAAAGUGAUGGAGAGUAAGAUUGCAGUACUCAGCCUCUUAACCAGGACCUAGCACUGUUUAACGAUUAAAAAAAAAAAAAUUUAUCACAAAGUACCAAUAAGUGUUGAAACCGGCCACGGGAUUGGUGAUAUCUGCUCGUAGGACUGGCUUGGUGGCCAAGAUAUACCACGCCACGCAGCCAUUAAUCAGUCGUCCUCCCAGUCCUUUUUCAUUUGCAGUGAAGUGUGUAUUCCAUAUAUACAGUACAAUGUUUUCCCCCUCAACGUGCUUGCCUGUUUAUGUUUUUCUGGACGCUGUCUCUAAACCGCCUUAAUCAUUUCCAAUUUUCAAUUG